AUGGGAAGUACUAGUAAUGGUCCGAUUUGUUGCUGUUCUCAUUACAGGAAUUCUAACAGCUCUGACAAAGAAUAUAUACAUCUAAAUGUUUUCAAGAACAAUGAUGGCUUAUGUUUUAAUGGAGAAACUAUGUAUAAACAAAAAGUGUUUAUGUCAAUUGGUGGAAAGAUUACAUGUCCUGAUCUGGAAUAUUUUUAUGAUGAAAAUAAUACUGCACCUGAAAUACAGUGGUAUAAGGAAUGUAAGCCUGGAUUACUGCAGGACAACAGAUUUCUGUCAUCAAAGUAUGAUAUCUAUCUUUUGAUUAAUAAUGUAACUAUGGAUGACAAAGGAAACUACACGUGCCAGACAACAUAUACUUAUAUAGGAAUACAACAUAAUGUUUCACGAACCAUUUAUGUAGACAUUGAAGAGGGCCCGAAGAAGACACCACCAAAGUUUAUUUAUCCAAAGAACCAUUCGAUUGAAGUAGAACUUGGAGCUCAUGUCAUCAUGGACUGUAAUAUAUCCAGUAGCAUAGGUACUUUGAAUCCAUACUGGCAAGUCAAUGGUGAGGAUGUUAAUAGAUUUGAUGAUACCUACGAGGAACAAUUCUAUGAAAAACCUUCCCUGGGAGGUGGUUUUAUAAUUGGAGCAAGAUUCAACAUUUCAAAAGUGAAAAGUAAGGAUUAUUCUCACAAGUUUUUCUGUUGUGUUUUACAUCCCUAUGGCGAAGCUGUAGCAUACAUUGUACUAAAACAGCCAGCUCCAAACAUUCAGGGUUACUUGAUUGGAGGACUUGUUUCACUGGUAUUUGUAAUAGUUGUUGCUGUGUUUGUCUACAAGCUACUCAAGAUUGACAUUGUGCUUUGGUAUCGGAACUCCUGCCAUCCUUUUCUGAGUAAAGAAGUUUCAGAUGGGAAGAUCUAUGAUGCAUAUGUGCUGUAUCCAAAAAACAGAGUAAGCUGCCUCUACUCACCAGAUAUCUUUGCACUAAAGAUAUUACCUGAGGUCUUAGAGAGACAGUGUGGAUACAAUCUCUUUAUAUUUGGAAGGGAUGACUUACCAGGACAAGCUGUGGUCAAUGUCACUGAUGAAAAAAUCAACCAAAGCAGAAGAGUGAUAAUUGUGUUAGUACCAGAAUCAUCCUGUUAUAGUGUGUUAGAAGAUACCUCUGAACAGCAACUGGCUGUGUACAAUGCUCUUAUCCGUGAUGGAAUUAAAGUUAUUCUAAUUGAACUGGAUAAAAUAAAGGACUAUACGAACAUGCCAGAAUCGAUCAAAUAUAUUAAGCAAAAGCAUGGGGCCAUCAGAUGGAAAGGGGACUUCACAGAGAAAUCUCAUUCAGCAAGUACAAAAUUCUGGAAAAAUGUACGAUACCAAAUGCCACCCAGACAAACUGUGUCUCCCUCAGAACUACAGUUACUACAAACAGCCUUUAAUUCUCCACAUACAAUAACGUUAGAAAGAUGACACCCAAGUUCAGUUUUAACAGCUGUGAGCAGCUCACUUCAACUGCUUUUUAAAUGGUUGGUUGUAGGAUACCCAUAUGUGUUAUACACUGGCCAUCUCAUUUGGAGGCUUACAGGAUUAAAACCUCCACAACAUCAUCAUGGACAGAUUUGAAAAACUGAUUGAUCAUCCAUUCCCCUGAGCAGAUCAACAGAACACUCUGAAGCAUUGUUUUAAUAUUGCAGUGGCCUGUAACAAGAACUGCAGGACUUCUUGAAGAAAUACACUUUUUGUAAGGAAAACGAAAAGCAUUUUUUGCACUUUUAAAGACAUCUUUUUUUCUAAAUAGAAAAAGCAUGACAAUGAAGGAAAUAGUGUUGUUAUAUCCUGACUUUUAUAUGAUGGGUUUAGGUCUGGAAAACUGUAGUUUUGAAUGAAACAAUUAAAACUCUAGUUCA